UCUUUUGGAUUCUUCUUACUGUUUUUCAUGCUGGUUUGGGUUUAAUUUCUACUCUGGAUGAAGUAGCUGGGAUUGGUUCUUGUGUUGUUUGAAGGAUAAUGAUGUUUUGUCGUGAAGAAUUUAUGUUAUGGACUCAUUGUUCACUACUUAAUCUUCUUGAUUGAAUUGCUUUGAUGUGCUGUUUGGUCUCUUUGAUUGGAGGAUGCUUGGAUUUUCCUUUGUAGCUCGUUUUUGUUGAUCUUGAAUCGUUAUCGAUUGGUGUUACUACUUUUUUUCUUUAUCUGAUGUUUUGAAUUGAAGAUGCGGAUCUUAAAAGAUGAAUUCGUUCUUUUAAUUAUGUUUUUUUGGAUGCUGGCGAGUGUGCGUUGCUUUCCAAAGAUGAAAUCUGGAUCUUCGUGUCAAUUAAUCGGUCUCUUUGCUUUAAUGUUUGGAACUAAAUCGAGUUGAUUUUGCAUUACCACGGCAGACAAUGUCCAGGCCUUUGCAUCGAGGUUCAUCCGGUGUGAAGGUACAUGGUCAUGAUGAUGAUAAAUGGGACUCCCAAAUGAAAGAUAAAACUGAUAAGGAAGAAGUGGAUAGAAGAGGUUCUUCAGAUCAUGGAGGAAAUGGGAGUCCCUUUCGUCUAUUUCUUCCAGACAUUUCCCCUUCCAAAUAUGGAGGCACUGAGAAUGGCUUUGCUUCUGAUUCUUUUUUAGUUGGGAACUCACGAAGUCGGCAGCAAUAUAUACUGCAAAUGUUGAGAUUGAGUUUAGUAUUGAUUAUAAUUCUUGCUCUUACUGGUUCUUUUUGGUGGACGCUCUCCAUUUCUGGUUCUUCCCAAGUUCAAAUAUUCCAUGGUUAUCGGCGACUCCAAGAGCAGCUUGUUUCAGACCUUUGGGAUAUAGGGGAGAUUUCUCUUGGUCCUUCAAGGUUGAAAGAGCUUGAAUUCUGUUCGCCGGAGUUUGAGAAUUAUGUUCCCUGCUUCAAUUCGAGCGAUACAAAAGAUGAUGAGUAUGAUAGACAUUGUGAGCCUAGCUCGUGGCAAAAUUGUUUGGUUCAACCUCCCUUGAAUUACAAGAUUCCUCUUAGAUGGCCCACCGGAAGGGAUGUUAUCUGGGUAGCAAAUGUGAAAAUCACAGCACAGGAGGUCCUUUCUUCAGGAAGCUUGACCAAAAGGAUGAUGAUGCUAGAGGAAGAACAGAUAUCUUUUCGUUCUGCCUCUCCAAUGUUUGAUGGUGUUGAAGAUUAUUCUCACCAGAUUGCAGAAAUGAUUGGGCUGAGAAAUGAAUCAAAUUUCAGAGAAAUUGGGGUAAGAACCCUUCUAGAUAUAGGGUGUGGUUAUGGGAGCUUUGGAGCACAUCUUUUCUCCAAACAUCUCUUGACUAUGUGCAUAGCAAAUUAUGAGGCUUCUGGCAGUCAAGUUCAACUGACUCUUGAAAGGGGCCUCCCUGCAAUGCUUGGUUCUUUUACUUCAAAACAGUUGCCAUAUCCAUCCCUUUCCUAUGAUAUGGUUCAUUGUGCACGAUGCGGUGUUGACUGGGAUAGUAAAGAUGGUAGAUACUUGAUCGAAGUUGAUAGAGUUUUGAGGCCCGGUGGGUAUUUCGUGUGGACGUCGCCACUUACCAACACUCAGGGAAUUCUUCACAAAAAAGAGAACCAGAAAAGAUGGAAUUUCAUUCAGGAUUUCGUAGAAUAUCUGUGCUGGGAGAUGCUUUUUCAACAAGAUGAAACUGUCAUCUGGAAGAAAACUAGUAAAAGUAACUGUUACAGCUCACGGAAGCCAGAUUCAUCUCCUCCAAUAUGUGGUAAAGGUCACGAUAUUGAAUCUCCAUAUUAUCAACCACUCCAAGGCUGCAUUGGAGGACGAAAAAGUCGUCGUUGGGUUCCUAUUAACGAAAGAAGAACUUGGCCUUCGAGGGCUAACUUGAACAAGAGUGAACUGGCUUUGCAUGGAUUGGCUUUAGAUGAUUUCACAGAUGAUUCUCUAAACUGGAAAAUGGCAGUAAAGAACUAUUGGUCUCUUUUGUCACCAUUGAUCUUCUCGGAUCAUCCGAAAAGACCAGGCGAUGAGGAUCCUUUACCGCCAUACAACAUGCUUCGGAAUGUGCUAGAUAUGAACGCUCAUUUUGGAGGCUUCAAUUCUGCAUUGUUGGAGGCUGGGAAGUCUGUAUGGGUCAUGAACGUGGUACCGACCGAUGGACCGAACUAUCUUCCCUUGAUAAUGGAUAGAGGUUUCAUUGGGGUAUUGCACGAUUGGUGCGAGGCCUUUCCAACAUAUCCUAGAUCAUAUGAUUUGGUGCAUGCGGCAGGGCUUCUGUCCCUUGAAGCAAGUAAGAAGCGGAGGUGCUCGAUGCUCGAUUUAUUCAUUGAGAUUGAUCGGUUACUUCGUCCAGAGGGUUGGGUGAUAAUCCGUGACACCGCUGCACUUAUCGAAUCAGCCCGAACUCUAACUACACAGCUUAAGUGGGAUGCCCGAGUUAUAGAAAUCGAAGAUAACAACGACGAGAGAGUCCUAAUCUGCCAAAAACCUUUGUUGAAGAGACAAGCAAAGUGAUUACAAAGUAUUUUAUAUUGAUUCCAUGGAUGAUGGAAUAAGCAUCAUAGGAGGCAUAGAAACAGGAAAGAAGAGAGUACACAAAUUAGGAUUGAACACACCAGAAUAGCAGCAGCCAUAGAAGCCGUAAGGCCGAAAUAGGAUCAUGUAAUUAUGCAGAAGAUGAGCACAGAAGUAAGAAUUUGUAGGAUUGUUUAGAGCUUUGUAUUUUUAUGCACUUCCUCAAAUGUUAUAUACCUCAAUGUGAUUAAGAUUGUGAAAUUGGAUCAUCAAUAAGCAACCUCAUAUUUUGCUCUGUCAUAAUAUAAUUCCCAGUUAUUUUU